GUUUGUGUGGGACGCUGUAGGUUGUGUGUGAGCUGCGCCGCUUCGCCUGUUUGUCUGUCAUGGAGCUCGGAGUCUGAUCCCGAGUCUGAUCCCGGGUCUGGGUUGUGCAGUCGGAUCUCCGCGAUCAGAUGAAUCCGACUCUGGAGAAGAUGAACGGAGCGGCGUUCCCGUCUCCCACAGCCGAAAUAGCUGAGAUGAACCGCAUCCACUACGAGCUUCAGUACACGGAGGGCAUCAGUCAGCGCAUGCGUGUCCCCGAGAUGCUGAAGGUCGCCCCGUGCACCGGCGAGGACAAAGAUGGCAGCGCCAAUCCCGGCGACGAGGUGCUGCACACGGCCAUGAUGCAGGUCCCCGACAGGAUCAUCGUGGCAGGAGACCUUGAAGACACGCAGUUCUCCAGACCCAGAGAUCUGGACCUGAUCCAGUCCACACCACUCGAGACCCUGUCUCUGAAGACUCCUCCUCGGGUUCUCACCCUCACCGAACGCCCCCUCGACUUCCUGGAAAUGGAACAGCCCAGUGAAGAGGUACGCACUCAGAGCAGAGCACGCAGAGAACGUUCAGUCAGCGAAAACACAGCUGUGCGUCAAAAUGGCCUGGUGCCCAGAAACGACUCCUCUGUCUCUCCUUCUUCCCCCUCCGCUCUGCGCGCUCUUUCGCUCCGUCGUCCUCCUGACGAGUGGCAGGGUGUUUCCGGUGCGCGUGGUGUUCUCUCCUUCCUCCAGUCCAGCACACGUCGGGCAUAUCAGCAGCUCCUGGAGGUUCUGGAUGAGAACCAACGCAGUAAGCCUUCUCUGAGAGGGGGUUCCACCUCGUCUAACCUCCAACAUGAUAACAGAUUUACCCUGGCGACACUGGACAUGUCUGUGGAAGGUGAAGACCUGGCCGUGGCAGACGCUACAACUUUAAGGAGACAGAUUAUUAAGCUGAACCGGCGGCUGCAGCUCUUAGAAGAAGAGAAUAAAGAGCGAGCCAAGCGCGAAAUGAUCAUAUACUCUAUUACCGUCGCGUUCUGGCUCAUCAACAGCUGGGUGUGGUUCCGUCGCUGAAUCAGCAGCAGCGAAGCCGUUUCACCUAAGCUCCACCUCCUCGCUUCAAGCGUCCAACAUCAGCUCUGAUCGAUGCACUCACGUCUCAAAGCUCGUGAGCCUCACUGCCUGCACAGAAAGCUCCUUCAGUGAAAAGACUCGUCUUAUUCCUGUAUAUUUGUGAUUUUUUUUUCUUUUCUUCCCCCCUUUAACAUUGACCUCGUUGUUCGUAAAGGCCAUGCAUGAAUCAUGUGUGUAUUUAUCGUCCUGCCUGUCUGUAUUCCCAUAAGCACAACCCGAGCCGAUUCUCCAGACCUGAAAUGAAAUAUGGACUCGAGAACAUGGGACACACUUGUUUAAAUAUCUUCAUAAUCGUUGGACUGACGGUGUUGAAGGAAUGUUGUGAUUUAUCGCAAUCACCUGAGGUUUUUGCAGAGUUGAUGCCACGUCUUGAAGUUUUGUGGAACGUCCUGUUUUGUGUUUCGUCUUGAUUGUUUGGUGUUUGGAAUUUGAGACCAUGUUUGGAACGGGAUGACCAUAAUUAUGUAUUAUAAUCUCUCUCAUAUCCAUAUGCACUGUACUAUAACUACAGAAUGCUUCUCGUGAAAUAAACAUCAAUGGUACCUCCA